UUAGCUCGCAAAAUCUCACACACCCAUUUUCUCUCUCUCUCUCUCUCUAACACAAACUGAACGCAGACCACAUUAUAAGCUAAAAUCCACACGCACGCACUGUCUCUCUCUCUCUCUCUCUCUCUUGUUCUGUGUGUAGAAUCAAAAAUGGCAGCAGUGCCAGCAGUUGCAGUGAAUGGAGUGAAGGUGGGUUCAGCUUCACAGUUAUACCUGGAGAGCAAGGCAGUGAAGGACACAAAGUCUUUGAUCUCAGACCUUUGCCGCCAGUUCUACAAUCUUGGUUGGGUGUCUGGGACAGGUGGUAGCAUCACCAUCAAGGUCCACGAUGACUCCAUCCCUAAGCCUCACCAGCUCAUCGUCAUGUCCCCCUCUGGUGUUCAGAAGGAGAGAAUGGUGCCAGAGGAUAUGUAUGUAUUAUCUCCAGAAGGGUCUUUCUUGUGGGAGCCCUCUCCUAAACCAUAUCCACAUAAGCCUCCUAAAUGCUCUGAUUGUGGUCCUCUUUUCUUGAAGGCAUAUGACAUGUGUAAUGCUGGGGCUGUUAUCCACAGUCAUGGAAUCGAAUCUUGUCUUGUAACAAUGCUAAAUCCAUUAUCAAAAGAAUUUCGAAUCACUCACAUGGAAAUGAUAAAGGGAAUCAAAGGGCAUGGUUAUUAUGAUGAACUUGUGGUCCCCAUAAUAGAGAACACUGCUUAUGAAUUUGAGCUGACAGAAUCUCUUGCUAAAGCUAUUGAAGCCUACCCAAAAACAACAGCUGUUCUUGUUCGUAACCAUGGCAUAUAUAUAUGGGGAGACUCUUGGAUCAGCGCAAAAACUCAGGCUGAAUGUUAUCACUAUCUUUUUGAUGCUGCCAUCAAGCUUCACCAAGUGGGUCUGGACUGCUCUACUCCAGACCAUGGCCCCAUCCGAAAUGUUAAAGGAGUUUUGGGAUGUGGUGGUCAUAUAAGCACGUCUGUGAAGGCAGGGGCAGAUUCAUAUCAUGAAAUUGAGCCAUUGAGACGUUGCAUUGUUCUUGACAUUGAAGGGACUACUACUCCCAUCUCAUUUGUUACUGAGGUUCUCUUUCCAUAUGCGCGUGGGAAUGUAGGGAAGCAUCUAUCUGCAACAUAUGACACUGCAGAAACUCAAGAUGAUAUUAAGUUGUUGCGCUCCCAAGUUCAAGAUGACCUGAAACAAGGUGUUGUGGGUGCUGUGCCCAUUCCCUCUGAUGAUGCAGGGAAGGAGGAUGUGAUUGCUGCUUUGGUUGCUAAUGUGGAAGCAAUGAUAAGAGCUGAUAGGAAGAUCACUGCCUUGAAACAAUUACAAGGUCAUAUAUGGCAAACUGGAUUUGAGAAUAAUGAAUUGGAGGGAGUAGUUUUUGAGGAUGUACCAGAAGCUUUGGAGAAGUGGCAUGCUUUAGGCACAAAGGUGUAUAUAUACUCUAGUGGUAGCAGGUUGGCACAAAGGCUUAUAUUUGGAAAUACAAACUAUGGGGAUCUAAGGAAAUAUCUGUCUGGAUUUUUUGACACCACAGUGGGGAAUAAAAGAGAAGCGCGGAGUUAUGUUGAAAUCUCAGAAUCUCUUGGAGUUGAUAAGCCAUCAGAAAUUUUAUUUGUGACGGAUGUUUAUCAAGAAGCUGUAGCUGCAAAGGCAGCAGGUUUGGAGGUGAUAAUUUCUAUCCGGCCGGGAAAUGCACCCCUUCCAGACAAUCAUGGGUUCAAGACAAUCAAAUCGUUCUUGGAAAUCUGAAAGCUUAGAUGUUCUUCUGUAAUCAUGUGAAAUGUGACAAUUAUCAUGAAUAAAUAUAUAAUUUACAAUCUCGUUUUGAAAACAAUGUGGUUUGUGCUCUGCUUCUGUCCUCCCUUGGUCUGUGCUAAUUAAUGCUUUGCCUGAAAUUCUUUUAAAUCAAGAUUUUUGCUUUUUUCCU